AUGAUGCGAUCGCGCGAUCCGCGCAUCCGGCAGCGAAUCAACCAGAUCUCCCAUAAUAUCGAGUCCGCCAACGAGACCGCCCAGGAAGGACUAUACGCUUUUUCACAAAACUACUUGUCUCCAUGUGUGGCCUCCAUUGGCAACUGCAUUAAUGGAUGUACCGCUCCUUGUUUCCCAAGCCGGGAAGAUCAGCUGAGGCGCCGGCGCCGGGAUAAUGCCGAGGCCAACUUCGAUUUCUACGAUGACUGGGAUAACGCCGAGGAAGAGGAUAGCUUGCUAGGAUGGGGUACCGGAGAAUUGGAUCGCCUUCUAGCGGGCAGUGGGUUGACCCGAAAUACAGCAGAGCAGCCACGCCGGCCAAGAAGGAUGAGUUACGGUACACGUAACACAAGACGGAGGAGUACAGUACACAUCCCGGAUGAUCGCAGCGACCCCACGGUCAUCCCUAGCUCUUCACUGAUCGGAUUUCUGGAACGCUUUCCCUGGAGGUUUGGGGCGAAAGGAAUCAAGUAUCGUCCCUCCGCAGCGGACUUGCAAGAACACCCGGGCAGCUCGCGACGCUAUGCACACGAAGAUGAGCCAUUAAUGGAAGCGACCGAGGAUGAAGGAGGUCUAAUAUCCUAUAAUGAAAAUAGAAGGGAUCGAAGUGGGACUGGCUCGUCUCGCGAUACAUCCAACUCACUGAGCUCUCGUGGAGAUCUGCUACCGAGUGAUGAAGAAGAAGACGCAGUUCCGCUGGACGAUGAAUUUGCUCUUGUUUUUGGACGUCGUGGGACUGGUUUGGAGUCGGAUGAUCAGGGCUCCAAGUCAGAAAUGGUGAGAUCUGCUUCUGGUACUUCCAGUUUAGGGGAUGCAUCGUCCAAGAAGUCAAAUCGCAAGAAGAAAAAGAAGCGUUCAUCCACAAAAUCACCAAUGAGCACAGACCAAGAGAUCAUACACGGUUUCAAUCCCCCGUCAAUGGCGGAUCUGCAAGUCGAGAAGGAUCAGGCGGCACAUGAGGAAUUAAUGAUCAAGAAGAACCGAAUUGCCGCACAAGAACUAGCUGCUAAGCGGGGUCUUCAUCUUGACAACAGUCACCAGGUACACAGCACUAUGAAUCAUUUCGCAAUGUAA